AUGCCGACCGAAAAACUGUGGCCAAUCGAACACUGUGUCGACGCAGACCUCGAACAGGCCGUCCUCAACGCUCCAAAGCUGGGUGCGGUGCGGUCAUUGAGUGCCAGUCGUCUUGCCCCACCGCAUGGGAUCGCAAAGGUCGUCAUCGGUUCGGUGUUGCUCGCUGGUGUCAUUCUUCUACAGCUCCAUCCGGUUUCAUUCCAGAUAUGUAUGCACCGCAAAUCCGUAGGUCAACGGAUCCGCUGCCCAUUCGCCACCAUCCUUUCUGCGAAGGAUCGGUCCCUCCCUCAGGCUGACACCCCACUUGCCGGCCGGCGCAUCUUGACCUAGCAGAGCUCUUCGAUCGACUGGCAGCCGUGCGCCCAGAACGCAAGCUGGUCAUGCGCCCACAUCACCGUACCAAAGAACUAUCUCGAUUUAUCCGCCGGCAAAGCUCAUAUCGCUGUGCUCAAGGUCCCCUCGACUGCCGCUCGCGAGGACCGACUGGGUUCUAUCGUCAGUCUCAGAGUAGGCGCCCCUUUCAUCGUGUGUCCUUGCGGCUCUGAACUUCUCCUUUGUAGUUCGUCAACCCUGGAGGUCCCGGAAACAGUGGGGUUAACUUCAUCGCCAGCUUUGGCGAGUACAUCUCGCAGCUUGUCAAAGGUCCGUCGGUGAAGUACAGCAUGCAACGACUUUGUUCGCUGGCAGGUUUGAGCUCACACACACAGCGCUGACGCAGGACGAUACGACGUCAUCGGAUUCGAUCCUCGAGGAGUGGGACGAACCGAACCACUGGUCGAAUGUUUCAGCUCGACCUUCGACCACGAGCUGUUCAAGGCUCAUACCGUAUUGGAACACGGCUUCGACGUUCACCCGGACCCGAAGUCGCCCGCGGGCCGACGUCACUUGAUCGAACAACACCAGGAGAGGAUGGAGCUGAUGAAGGCCGAAUACGAGCGCUGCGGCGAGAUGAUGGGCGACGAGCUGAGGUACAUGUCGACCCCGACGGUGGCGAGGGAUAUCGUCGAGAUGACCGAGCAGCUCGAAGGCAAGGGUGCGCUCGUACACUACUACGGUUUCUCGUACGGAACGAUCCUCGGUCAAUUCCUGCUCAACAUGUUCCCCGACCGCGUCGGCCGGGUCAUCAUUGACGGUGUCGUCGAUGCCAAGCAAUGGGCCGAGACCAACUCGCCGGUAUGGCUCCAUGACUGGCUCAACUCGACCGAGGCAGCCUACGAAUGGUUCUUGAGCGACUGCCAUCGAGCGGGCCCCAGGCAUUGCCCCCUCGCUCACUAUGGCGACGAGUCUCCAAGCGCCAUCAGCCAGCGUAUCUUUGAUUUUGUUGACCACCUCUAUGAUCACCCGCUUGCGGUUCCCGAUGGUGCGCGACCAGGCAUCUUGUCGUCUGGAGCGGCCCGCUCGCAGGUAUAUGGCCUGACGAAUCGCCCUGCUUUCUGGCGCACCGACGCUGCGCGUAUCGCCGCAAUGCUCGACGGCAACGUCACCGAGGUGUUCAACGCCAUAUACGUCCCCUUCAGCCCUCACGAUCGCAGAGGGCAGCUGGACUUGUCGCGCAUCGCCGUCGCUUGCGGAGACACGAUCGGCUACGAAAGCGAAGCCGACUACCCGACUGCGGAAUACCUCGCCGAGCAGACGUACAGAGCGCUCGAAACCUCGCCUCAUUUUGGUGCCAGUGUUUCUCUGAUCGAACCAGAUGGUUCGUGUGAGUACUGGCCGGCAUCGCGAAAGACGCCCGAGAGAUUCAACGGUCCCUGGAACUCCAAGCUCAAGAACAAGGUGAGUCGCCAGAGGACACCCAGGUACUGCCAGGUGGACUAAUACAUCGAUUGAAUGGUUGCCGAUUGCCCAGGUCCUGAUUAUCGGAAACACUGCCGAUCCCAUCACCCCGUUGACGUCCGCCCGCAAAGCCAAUGCACGAUUCACCGACUCGACGCGCCUUCUGAUUCAAAACUCGCCGGGACAUUGCUCGUUCGGUGGCGUCUCGACGUGCACGGCCAAAUACUUCCGCAACUACUUCUUAACUGGCGAGUUACCCGAAAAGGACGAGAUUGUAUGCGAACUCGACCAGGGGUACUUUGAUUCUCUAGACCCGGAGCAUGACGGUGAACGAGUGGACGAGGAGCUCGAGUUGUUCGAGCUUGGAAAAGCCAUCACUUCCCGAUGGGGCGCAUUCUUGAGCAACUUGCAGUGA